UCCUGUGGUGGCCAUUUUCAACAGAGAUUUGCGGUUUUUAGCUUCACAGCUCGGCGCAUGUUACACCGUUAACCACAAAUAUGGCACACACAUUUGCUAGGGUCUAAAAAAUGGGGCCAUCAUCCAAGAUGGAGAAAAAACGUACGUGUAUCCUGUGUGAUAGCGUCUACAGUUCCAGACAGGAGAUGGAUGAGCAUAUGAGAAGUAUGCUGCAUCAUCGAGAACUGGAGAAUCUGAAAGGCCGGGAUUGUGGACACGAAUGCAGAGUCUGCGGGGUGACGGUGGCGAGUCUGACCGAAUAUGCCGAUCACAUCUCCAGCCCUGUGCACAAACAGCGUGUGGAGGCCCACCAGCGGCAGACCUCCAUGACAGACCAAGAUGAGGUGUACUUUGACAAGGAGAUGGUUGAGCUUAUCGAAAAACGCAAGGAAUUUAUCAGGCAAGAGGAAGUUGCAACAAGGAGAGUCAGGGAUGAACAGGUGACAAUACAGAAGUGGCAGGAUUUGAAGGAGCAGUGGUCAGGUCAGAGUCCGUGGAGGCACCAGCAGGGUGGCUUCCGUGGCCGAAUGCAACCCAACUUUCCACAGUCACCCAGAAACAGGGUAGACAUGAACUGGCAGGAACCACGGAGAGGGCCCAAUCCUGACUGUGGCAACUGGAACAGCUGGCAGAAUAGAAGUGCCACAUGGCAUGCUGAAGGACCUCCUGAUCUACAAAGAUGGGGAUCCAUAAAUGGCCGUGGGGGGAGCCUGCACAAUCGUGGAAACCUCUGGGGAGGCAGACAGGGCACCUACGGGGGCUACCCUCCCCACCAGAGAAACCAGCAGCCCUGGCCUGGUCAAGAAGUCAAUCAAGGGAAUUUUGAAAGAAACAACGCCUUUAACUGGCAGCGCUCCAAAGAUUUUGGUGGUAACAUGCAGCCACCACACCAUGGAACACACUCAAAGAAACAAUUCUACCAGAAGCCAAUCAACAACUUUGAGAGCCAGAAAAAGGGCCACCAAAAUAAGAAAGGGUCUGCUGGAGAGAAUGAUUGUGGCAAAGAUAAAGGUCCCAAGUUAGACAAGACCUACCGCUGGGCACCAUAUCCUCCAGGCAAGCUUGGAGAUCCUUUGCCUCAAAAUGAUGCACAGUGUUCCUCAGAGAAGUCGCAUAUUGAAUGUCCUGAAAAGGGUGUGGGUGUAGAUUUGAACACAAGCAGCCAGAGCCUGGCAGCGCAUUCCCAGACAGAUCUUCGCAGUGGUCCACAUGGGGCCUCUAAAUUGCAGAAUGAAUCACAGCAGCUGCAAAGGCAAAGUACAAUCCCUACUAAGAACACCGAAAGCAAUGGGAAAAUUCUCACGGUCAGUCAGGCAUCUGUGCGCUCUUCAUUAUCACCCAGAUCCGAGCGGCCCACUAAACAUUCCGAAAAAGGGGGCUCUACUAACCCUGGUUUUGAGACCAAUCUUUCUCCAGCGACCAGUCAAGACUCUGUUAGCUCUAAAGCUUCAAAGCAUUCUCACUCCAGUCAAAAGUCAGACUCCCAGUCGCAACAAGAUUUCUCCACCAGUGCAGAGCAAGAACGCCUGCUGUCUAAAAUGCUGCGCAAAGCCAAGGAGACGUUGCUUGUCAGAAGGGGCUCGGAGGAAAAGUCGGCCUCAGAGGAUUGCCUUGAAACUAGUCUGCGUAUCGAGGAAGAUCUGCAGGUAGAGAGUUCAGAGCUUAACAAAUCAAAAGUACAAGGUGCGGGCAAGAAAAAAAUAGAAAAACACAGUGGAAGAGGGAAAGAGAUUGACCGCUACAAAACACGGGACUCCCUCAGACCAGCAGUGGCAGGGCAGUCUGGCUCCUCGUCAAAUGAUGCCAGCCACUCCCUGCAGUCUCUGCAGGUCAGCACAUCCACCAUAGAGGAUGAGGACGAGUGUGUAGAAAGAAAUUGUGACGUUGUACAAGAUCAGCUGAUGCAGGCAGUGGACGAAGGCUUGGGCUCUGACAGUGAAGGCGCUCGCAGCGGGCACACACUGCAGUCUGCAGCUGGAGGCUCGGUGCCACCAUUAAGCAAACUAGCCCUACCUGCCUGUCUUAAGCGGGACCUGAAUCGGCACAUUGGCACAAAAGCCAAGGCAGUUGCCCACGAGCCCAACCUGAACAUCGCCAGACGCAUUAGGAACUUGAGUGGUACACGGAAAAGUGAGAGUGAGAAGGACCCAGGCCUUAAGCCUACACUGCGGCAGCUCAUCAGCUCCACCGCGAACAGGAGAAAUGUCAACUGGGACCAAAUGUACCAGGAGGUUCAUCGCAAGAAACAAGAACAAGGCAAGGGCCAGCCGAGGUUUGGCAUAGAGAUGGUGCCUAAUGAGCCAGAAGGCCCGAGCCACAUGGAGGAGGAUGACGUCCCUCUCUCUGAAGGAUUCCAAUGGGACUCUCUGAUUGAAUUUGACACAACACGAGUACCUUCUCGCACGCGGAGUAUGUCUGAAAGCAAUGUAGUCACUGAUGGCACUGCUGCCUCCCGUUCUCUUCUCAAAGUCGAAGAACCAGAGAUGGAGAUAUCUGACAAGCAUUCAAGACCCAGCUCCAAGCUGACGCCCCAGUCUAUUCAGUCGCUCUUAGAGGAGGAUUGUGAAGCUCAGGGGGAAAAUGAGGGCCUAGCCCAAGCUAAAGCACAGAGGGCAACAACAAGCGCAAGUGUUCCCAUCCUUGAUCCAGAGCCUGUUGAUGGAGACAGUAGUUGUAUGUCAGGAACUGAACUAAAUGACUGGCAGAGUGGAGGGAAGAAACGCAGAGCAGUAGGGGAUGUUGUGUCUCCUGAAAUUCCUAAUUCAGAAAGGAAAAACAAGAGGCUAAAGAUCAAACCUAAGAAAGAACGCUCUCAGUUGGACGAGUUGCUGGCCGUCUCUCUGCGCGAGGAGGAGCUGAACAGUUCUUUGCAGGCGGUUGACAACAGUUUAAUCCAGGCCCGGGCUGCCUUGCAGGCCGCAUAUAUGGAGGUGCAGCGUCUGCUGAUGGUCAAACAGCAGGUAACCACAGAAAUGGGUUCCUUGAGAACCAAGCGUAUAGAGAUCCUGCAAGGGCUGCAAGGUCAUUCUGAGCUUCCACAGACCAUGAGGAGCUGUGAUGAGAACUUAUCUACUACACCGACCGCGCCUUCAUCUUUUUCCGCCCUGCCCGAACAUGUUGCUCACAACAGCAGCCCAGCAGCUUCUUCAUCUCUCCUCAUUCCAUCGCCUACCACCAGUCCUGCUCCUGUUGUUAUUAAACAGGAACGUGUAUCGCCUGUCGCCCUCACUCAAGAACGAGAGGCCACAGACAGCCCCAUUCUUGGCCCCCAUAGCACUACACCAGAGCAAGUACCUGCUGCAGUGACUGAGACAGGCGAGGAGAGGCCUGUUAGUUUAGGCAUUGCUUCCCAGCGCAGUCUUAUGGUCAAAAUAAGUCGGAAGGAUAUGGAACGUGCUGAGGAAGAGGUAGGCAUGUAUUUGAACACCGCAUCUCGAAAAUGCCGGACCACAGAAGAGUCAGUCCUAGACCCAUCCUGCCCCCCUGCUACUGCGAACAUUCCCAUAAACCCCCUCUUCUCCAAGCCGGCCCCAGCUUCUGCUGUUCCAGAACCCAAGGCAGGAAAGCGUGUAAGGAAGCUGAAGAAGAAAAAAUUACUGAAGAAGGCUCAGGCAAGCGAGCAGCCCGACAUCAGUGACUCAGAACUGGACACUGAUCAGCCUGCACGGCCUGUCCGCAAGCUCCGCUCCCGCCGGCGGCCCAGCGGCUCCUCUUCUUCUUCCUCUCCUCGUGCUGCUGCUGAGGAAAAAGAGGAAAAUAUGGAAGUUUCAGAAGCCCCUGAUCCUCCGCAGACCAAGGAACCAACACCAACCCCUGCAGGGAAGGAGGCACAGGACACAGACUCUUCAGAACUGGAGAUGGUGGAGCUCCCUCAAGCUGUACCCAGUGAAGUGGUCAAUCUGGAGUCUUCUGACCCAGACGAGGGGGUUCCCGAGGAUGUGAGCCCUGCUCAAGCUGCCAAAAAACCUGUUGCUCAGAAAAGAAGAGCCCAGAAGCUUGCCUGCAAUGAGGUCACAUCCACCAGUGAAAUUGACACCAGCAGUGCAGUCAAGAGCAGUGAAAGUGGGAAAAAGGUAAUGACUGCGUCCAAAGCAUCCUCAGAUGCAUCUUCAGACCCAGGAGAGGAGGAGCUGCCUACUGAGGGCUCGUUUGAGGGCCAUCAGGAAGCAGUGAAUGGUAUGCAGAUUCAUAAUGGUCUGCUGUUCACCUGCUCAGGAGACCGCACAGUACGAGCGUUCAGCCUGGUGAGUCGUAAGUGUGUAGCUGUGUUCGAGGGCCACAGUAGUAAGGUAAACUGCCUGCUGGUCACGUCAGGGCCUGGUUUACCGCAGCGCCUGUACUCCGGAUCCAGUGACCAGACCAUCCGCUGCUAUAAUAUCAAGUCACGGGAGUGUGUUCAGCAGCUCAGUCUCCCUGAUCGAGUGCUUUGCCUCCACAACCGCUGGAAAGUGCUGUAUGCUGGCCUGGCCAAUGGCUCUGUGGUCACCUUCAGCCUUAAGAACAAUAAACAGUUAGAUGUGUUUGAGUGCCAUGGUCCACGGGCAGUGAGCUGUUUGGCCACAGCACAGGAGGGUGCUCGGCAUGUGCUACUCGUCGGCUCCUAUGACAGCACCAUCAGUGUGAGGGAUGCCAAGAGUGGCCUGCUGCUCCGCACUCUGGAGGGCCACACCAAAACUGUGCUCUGCAUGAAGGUGGUAAAUGAUCUGGUGUUUAGUGGAUCCAGUGACCAAUCUGUCCAUGCACAUAAUAUACAUACAGGUGAGCUGGUGAGGAUCUAUAAGGGCCAUAGCCACGCUGUCACUGUGGUUGCCAUACUGGGGAAGGUGAUGGUCACAGCGUGUCUUGACAAGCUGGUCCGGGUAUAUGAACUGCAGUCCCACGACAGGUUGCAGGUGUAUGGUGGACAUUCAGACAUGGUGAUGUGUAUGAUCAUCCACAAGAGCAUGAUCUACACAGGCUGUUACAAUGGUAGUGUGCAGGCUGUACGGCUGAACCUCAUCCAGAACUACCGGUGCUGGUGGCACGGCUGCUCGUUGAUCUUUGGUGUAAUGGAGCACCUGCAACAGCACCUGCUCAAUGACCACACCAGUCCUACACAACAGACACUCAAGUGCCGCUGGAGGAACUGCGAUGCCUUCUUCACAUCUCGCAAUGGCUCCAAACAGGCGAUGCAUGGUCACAUGCAGAAACACGCAGAGGAGGACAGUAAAAUGGAGCCUUGAGGGGUCCUUGGAGUGUUCAUCUACCCACAGAGAUACCCCUUCCUUUCCCAUAUUGGGAAUAUCUCAUCUACACCUCAGGAUAGGAGAUGUUUCCUUGUGUAUAUUCUUUUUCUACAUGUUUAAAUACCUUGAAUAAAAACAGCUGUCAUCUGAGAGACACAGAGCGAAAGAGAGAGAGAGGGAGAGAGAAAGAUGAGCUACUGUGGCUGUUCUUGAUGCCACGUUUGAAUACUUAAGAUUUGCAGGAUUUUUAAUUUUUCACUGAGGAGAUGUUUUUAUGUGGGGGGGGAAUAAAAGUGGUUUGUCUGGUAAAAUCUUUUGAAAAGAGCAGCAUUCACAGUAGGCAUUUAAUACAGCAUAAUGCCACAUAAUUGCCUAUUGAAUGUGUUUGAGGCUUUUGGCAUCCAAAGAUUGUUCAGUUUUAUUAUAUAUGUAUGUAUAUUUUUAGUCUCUCUUUUCCCCUCCAACAGGUUUUGUGACCGUGCUCAUCUUUCCUCUUGUUCAUGAAUACCUGCAGUCUUCUGUAGCCUGGCUGAGUAUGCACCUUAAUGUUGUCCUGCCACGGCAAAGCUUUGUCAUUUUUCUCUUAACCCUUCUCCUCCCGCUUGUCUCUCACCUGAUUGUGCACAGUAUUGUCAGCUCUGAGAUUCCAUGACCAAAUAAAGACGAAGAAUGGAAAGAACUGUGGAAAACGUUGUUGAGACAAAUGUUGAGACAGGGUAAGACGAUUUGUUGCUAAUGCUCCCCAGCUAAAACAAACAACAAAAAACACACACCAGGUUAGGUACUGUGUGUGGCAUGGGUUCAGGGAUGUACUUUGUUUGGAGUGGUUUAAGGUGUGUCUUCUUGAGCAACCAGGUUUUAUUUUUAUGUCUUUUAAUAGGAAAGUGCUUUUUGAAGAUCCUCUCUGUCUUCACUUUCAGAACCAGUCUUGAUUUUAUGCUAUAAAAAAAACACUAAAAUAACUUUUUUUUUUUUUUUUGGUUUGGUUGUUUUGUUUUGUUUUUCUUUUAUUUUUUCGCAUGCCAUUUCUGGAGAGGGAGUGGUCAACCUUAUUUUUUCGUCUUCUUUUUUUCCCUCUUUUUGUUUUUAUUUAUUUUUCUGGUUUUGUUUUCUUCAUAUCUAGUCCUUUCAGUGGUUUUGAUUAUUUUGAUUCCCACUAAUGUGGAAAGAUGAUUUCAUAUAUAUGAUGUGGGGUUGUUUCCUGUUAUUGUGUAAGUGUAGCCUUUUAUUUUUUUGCUUUUCUUUUUUUUUUUAAUCACUUUGCCCUCCCAUUUCUCAUUUCUCAUUAGUUGGUGUGGUUGCUCACUAUUGUUAAGACAUGGAGGGAAAGUGGAGGGGUUGCUGGUUUGUCGUUAUUCAGAGAUUGUCUUUUUAAAGAAAAAGUAUUUACUGUAAUAGUGACAGGUCCUGAAAUAUGACUGUUAAGAUUGUUUAACCUACUGUGAGUUUAACUUGUGGGAGUUUGAUAUCAUUGUUUGUUUGAAUUGUUCCACAGUGAAGUUCAUAUAAUUGAGAGUUUGAGAGUUAUUUGAAGGCUUGGCAGCUCCUUUUGCGGUUUGAAGAUACGGAUACGAGUACAGAAGCUGGUGGCAGAGGGGCAUGCAGUCAGACUUUGUGGAUGAUUUUCUUUGACUGUGUGAGUGUUGCAAGUUGUUGGAGUUAUUGUGGGAAGUGUUUCUUUUAUGGAGUGGAGAGUGUAGUACUACUAGCAUCCCUCUCCCAUGCCAUAGCACCCAGCCAUACAGGCAACACACAACAACUGUAAACUGCAUUUUUCAGUGCGUCUCAAAAAUGUUCUUCUAUCUGAGUCCUCUGAAUGAACCACUGUUUCAGAUAUUCUCAUAUUUUAAGAUCAAUGGACAAAAAUGUGGAUUGUUAUACAGGAACAGUUAAGUGGUAUUUAUAUAAGGAAGUAACCUGCUUAUACUAGUUCCUACUAAACUAAUACAGUUUUUUUCAUAUUCUAGUAUAUAUGGUGACUGUUCCCUUCUGAUAGGAUUAAGCCUAUUUACACCAGGUCACUUCAAGUGAUUAGUUUCUGGAUUGUAUCCUGAUAAUGAUACUUUAACUACGGUACAUGCAUUACUACUUGGCAGUAAAACACAUCUCCAGUUAGUCAGAUGUUGAGCCUCUUCCUGCGCUGUGCUAAAGAUGGUUGUGGUUUUCCAUUACACAUCACAUGCCCUAAUGCAUGGGGAGGUGUUUCAGUAGUCGAAUUCAUGCAACUUGAAGAGACCCAUGCAGUCACCCUGCUGUAGCAAGGCUUAGAUCACCUCCUGAAGUGAUUUGAGGAAUCAGAUUUAUAUUAAUUAAAUGUCUGUUUUAAAUGCAUUAUGUGUGCAUUUACACCUGAAUUUUUAUAUGGCUUUAUAAACCUUAUCCAGAUAUAAUCCUGAUACUCAUUGGAUGUUUGAUAGAGUCUCUUUGUCGUGCUGCUGGUUUUUAAUGUGGUAUUUAUCCACAUUUUUCUUGUUGUUCCUCUCAGUGUUUGCCUCUGGCAGUAGUACCUCUUUGAAUCACCUGCACAAAAGUGUGUAGCUGAAGGGAGCAUUCUGUCAACCUCUUCCCUGGUACUCACAAAUUUGUUCAUUUCCAGCGAUGACCUUGUUUCAAUAAAAAAACUAAUUUACA